AUUGGUAUUUUAUCGGCGAAAAAGGAUACUUCACACCGAUCGGUGCAUACAUGUUUUUAUCAGAAAUAAGCGAAAUUCGAUUAGAGGAAAAUUUUUAGCACAUCAAGAUUAUAGAGAGCCUUUUUAAAGGAUAAUCUUCAUUUUUGUAUGGCUCUUUAAAUUCGCUCUUUCAAAAUUUCGGAUGUAGUUAUAGUGAUGAAGGGAAGAUCGGAGAGUAAAUCUCCUAGUCCAGGACGUAAUACCAAACACUGGACCCAAAGGAUAAGGGAGACUGUCCUUUCCGUCACUCGCGAAGGAAUUUUGGAUGUUAUGAUUUGUGGUGGAGCAGAUAACGGUCAGUUUUGUUAUCUGGGCGAUAUUGAACACUCAAACAUACACUACUUUAAUGGAAAACUACAAGAAGACGAAGUUAUACUCGAAAUACAAGGCAGACAAGUUGGAGGUUUCACUCACAAGGAUGCCAUAGAACUUGUAAGACAAAUUUCAAAAAAUCAAGCUCCUAUCUUAUUUAAAACAACAAAAACCGGUUAG